UAACCCAUAUUUGCAUCUAACCGACCAGACUAAAAACGUUCCCACGAAAACCAUCUCACCUUCACAUGUCUUUUCCCCAUCCUAUCCACGAAACCUCAAGACGGUGAGCUUAGUCUCCCUUACAUCCAGCAUGCUACUAUCGGAUCUGGCUUCGUAUGCCGCCCACGUAAGCCCAGCCGCAUACUGCCAACUCUUCUACGUCCUUGCUGCCGCCACCGUGCUCGCCAUCGCGGCAACUCCCGAGUCCAUACAAAGCUUGCUUACCGGGUACGGUGCCCGAAGCUUAAACGCAAAUGGCGAAGAAGGAAAGCAAGCUAGCAAUGGACCUCUCGUUAGAAUCAUUAGUUGGGUGACCUCCGUCGGCAAAGUUCCUCACUCCUGGUUCAUGCACUUCUACCUCCUCUCACUAUCAUGCUCUGCCUUCUGGAUGCUUCAAUUCCUAUACCAUGGAUCGGCCCUCGAGUUCAUCGUUAGGAAUCAGGCACCUAGCGAGAAGACGCCAAUGUCUAUCAAUCAGGUCAUUCUCGCGUGGGUUCUUAUGAGUCUGCAAGGGGGUAGACGUCUCUACGAAUACGUGGCCGUUAUGAGGUCCUCGUCUUCCAAGAUGUGGAUCAUUCACUGGCUGCUAGGGAUGGCAUUUUACUUCUGCACGAAUAUUUCCAUUUGGCUAGAGGGUUCAGGUAAGUACUAUGACGGAGCCUUGGUUCUCGGUUUUCUAAAGUGUAAUCAUAUAGGCUCGAUUCAAUCCUCAGGUAGGAGGUCCUUGAGUAUUGAAAUGCCAUCACUUAACGUGAUCCUCGGUGUUCUCAUAUUCUUAUCCUCAUGGGUUAUGCAGUAUAGAUGCCAUAGGUAUCUGGCUCGAUUGAAGAAAUAUUCAUUACCAGAGGACGGACUCUUCCGAUACUUAGUGUGCCCGCAUUACACGUGCGAAUGCGUCUUAUAUGCAUCAUUAGCACUAGUAGCAGCACCGAAGGAUCAACUGUACAACAGGACGCUGGUUUGUGCUGUGUUGUUUGUUGCGGUGAACCUUGGUGUUACCGCCAAGGGGACUAAGAAGUGGUAUGGCGAGAAAUUCGGCCGCGAAAAGGUGCAGGGGAAAUGGGCAAUGAUUCCUGGUAUAUUCUGAAGCCAAAUUCAUUCGACGCCUUAUCACUUUUUCUGGAAUAAACCGAGCUUGCCUCCUAACUUGGAUACCUUCAUUACGUCUCGAUAGGUCAAGCUGGUUCGGAUCUUCCGUACGUUACAACCAUUUGCGAAUUCAUCGGGCGAUCGAAGGAGAUCCCAGUUGGUGAUUGUACUUCCAGAAAGUUCAAUAUCCUCUGUAACAUCUGCGAUACCAUGAA